UUUCACUGGCAUGGCCUCUUGCUUUGGGGUGAGCUGGUUGCCAUGAUGUGAACGUGGACAACUUUGGUCAGAUGGGGCUUCACAGGGCAGCUCUGCCCAGGGUCAGCCUUUAGGAGACAGCUUCAGCUCAGCUUCAAGGGACAAUGGUGCUGUGCUCAGGAACUGGGGUGGUGAGGCUGGCAGGUGCCUCCCAGGAGAGGGAUGAAGCUCAGAGGGAUGAGGGUAUGGGGAUGAACCUAGUGCCCCAUGGUGAGUGCCUGGCUAUGACACUGGAGUGGGCUGGGGGAUGUGACCUGCACCCAGUGGCACCACAUUGUGUUAGCAUUGCCUCUUGACCUGAGUCCCAUAUCCCCCUGGCCUGUCCCCAGCCUGUGCCCCAGCCUAUCCCCACAGCCCCAGGUUAGUUGCAGCAAGGAUCCAGCUGUUACCAUGUCCUGGCUGUGCCACAUCCUGGCUGUGCCAUGUCCCAGCUGCCAGAGCAGUCAGGGUGGGCUGGCUGCUGGCUGUGUGCAUGUCACUGGGCUUUCCUUCCUGCGGCGAGUGAGGCGGUCACAGCCUUCAGGGAAGUGUUUUGCAAUCACCUUCUUCAGAGAGUCACAGCAAUUAACGGCACUGGGCUGGAGGAACUAACGGGGAGAGCAGCAUGGUGGCAACCGGGCUGAGCACGGCCAGCAGCCGGGGGCUGGAGGGCAGCAGUCGGAGCAGGCGGUGAGCAGCAGCUGGGCACGCCGGGCACGGAGGAGAGGCUCUUCCCAGCCUGCCAGGAUCAGUUUCUUUCUCCAUCCAAGGUGAUGCCAAAGCCACGGAGGAGACCAUGGCCAGGUGUGGUACCAGGACAUCCUUCCUGUUGUGGCUCUCUCUGCUCCUGCUCCUCUACUCAGAGGGGACCCUGGGCUGUGCCUCGGUGGUUGUGGGCUCACCCAUCGUGCCCCUGGGCUCAGCUGUCACGGCAGCAUGCACCAUCCAGAGUGAGCUCUGCCACGUCUUGCAGCGGGCGAAGGUCCAGAUCACCUGGAUGCUGGACAACGAGCCCGUGGUUGGGAGCCAGCACCAAGGCCUGGGCGGCAUGGAGGUGUCCAACCUCACCCUGCCCCAGUUCAACCAGACACAGGCCAAACUGUGGUGCUGUGUGGAGUGGAAUGGGACCAAGCAGCGCGUUGGCAUGGCUGAGAUCAGGGCGGGCUACCCACCAGCAAAGCCCUUCAACCUCAGCUGCGUCCUGAACCUCACCGACUAUGGGCUGACGUGCCAGUGGGAGCAGGGAGCCACCAGCCACCUCCCCACCAGCGUCGAGCUGAGGUGUGCCAGGAGCAGAGGGCCGGCGGUGACAGGCUGCACCCCGGAAGGUGGCCGCAGCCGCUGCACGGUGCCACGCCGGCUGCUGCAGCUCUACCGGCAGAUGGAGAUCUGGGUGGCUGCCACCAACGCCCUGGGCACGGCUGAGUCUGAGCAUCUCUACAUCGACCCCAUGGAUGUCGCCAAGCUGGACCCCCCAGCCCUGCACACCAUCCAGUCCAUCCCCUUCCAGACCGACUGUGUGGCACUGGCCUGGGAGGUGACCCGGAGCAACGCACACAUGGAGCUGCAGUGCGAGCUGCGCUACCGGGCACCUGAGGACCCGGCCUGGGCUCUGGUCACUGGCAUCGUCGGCCAGGCUGGCACCACACAGUGCUGCGGCUUCCUCUUUGGCACACAGUACCACUUCCAGAUGCGGUGCCGGCGGAGCUCAGCACAGGGCUACUGGAGUGAGUGGAGCCCGGGCAGGAAUUACACCACCCACGAGAAAGCCCCCACAGGGAAGCUGGACGCAUGGUGGAGCACUCAGCUGGCCGGGGCCGGUGGGUGGCUGGAGGUGCAGCUGUGCUGGAAGGCUCCACAGCGGCGCCAGGCAAAUGGGAAAGUGCUGGGGUACCGUGUCACCCUUAGCCCCAGGAAGAGGGGCAGGGACCCCCCAAGUGUCUGCAACACCACCCACACCCACUGCAACUUCUCCAUGCCUGUGGGCACCAGGAGAGUCUAUCUCUCAGCCUACAAUACCGCCGGCGAGUCAGCAGCAACUGAGGUCACCCUCAUGGAGAGAAAAGGUCAGCCCCUGGCCAGGAUGUGGGCUGUACCCGGGGGUGAGUUCAGCCUCCAGGUGCACUGGGCAGCACCACCAGCCCCUGUCACUGCCUACAUCCUGGAGUGGCAGCGGGUGUCCUCGGAGCCCAGCCACUGCAGUGCCUGCUGGCAGAUGGAGCAAGACGGAGCCGCCACCGCAGCUCUUAUCCAGGAUGGCAUCGAGCCUUUCCAGCAGUACAACAUCUCACUGUACCCUCUCUACAAGGACACUGUGGGAGUGCCCAUCUACACCACAGCCUACUCCAAGCAGAAGGCCCCAUCCAACGCCCCAAAGCUCCACCUGAGGAGCAUCAGCAAGUCCAGCGCUGAGCUGUGCUGGGACCCAGUGCCAGUUGAGAUGCAGAAUGGCUUUAUCACCAGCUACACCAUCUUCUGGGCCAACAGCACCACAGAAGUGUCCAGUGCCUCUGUGAAUCCCUCUCUCAGCUCCUUUGUCAUCCGGGAGCUGAAGCCAUCAACCCUCUACAAAGUGCACAUCAUGGCAUCCACAGCUGGCGGCAGCACCAAUGGCACCAGCCUGACCCUUGUGACCACAGUACUAGAUGACAUCGAAGUCCAGUUCCUCUUCCUGACCCUGGGGCUGAUCUUUGCUCUGCUCAUGCUUCUGCUCAUCUGCUUCCACAAGAACGGGCAGGUGAAGCGGCAGUUCUGGCCCAGCGUCCCCGACCCCGCCAACAGCAGCCUGGGCAAGUGGAUGCCAGCAGAGCUCCAGGAGGAGCCGCUGCAGGUGCCCGGUGUGCGGGAGCCCGGCCUGGCCACCAUUUCCACUGUCACCGUGCUCGAAAGGGCAGUGGGAAAGCAGCCGCCUGCCUGGAGCAAAGAGCCCACCAUCGAGAGCACCGGCACCUUCCCCGCCCUGCCACAGCCCUACGUGCGGCAGGAGGGUCCCGGCGCGCUGGGUCGCGGCCGGGCGGCCGUGCAGCCGUGCCGGGGUCCCGGUGGGAGCGAGGACACCGUCCAGUACGCGCGGGUGGUGGGCGAUGGGUACAAGGGCCAGCAGCACGCUCCGCCGCGCCUCUACCUGCGCUCCAGCUCCACCCAGCCCCUGCUCCUCGAUGCCAGCCCCAGCCCCAAGCCCUACGAGAACCUGGGAUUCCACCGGUUCCACGGGACCGCCCUGCACGGCUGCCCCGGGGACGAUGGCUGCCCCGACGAUCUCCCCGCCACCUUCCCGCUGCUGCAGGGCCUCCGCAUCGGCGGGGACGAAGAGCUGCACGACUGCCGAACGUUUUAGUGCUAGAGGACCGGGAAGCUCAAACGGAGCCAGCCGGGAACCUCCGCCGGGGUUGCCGGGGUCCGGCUCCUUCCGCCGGUGCUAUGCGCGUCCCUUCAGCCCCUGCCCUCCUACAAUAAACAGAGACGCGCUGAGAACGGCUCAGAACGGCUGUGUUG